UUGUUUACAACAGUCGUCAAGCGUCAGACAAAGUCCUCCUCGCUGUUGUUGUCUUUGGUGGUUGUAACUGAAAGAAACUAUGCAAUCUGGCGGCGAUUACACCAACGGCUUCCACGGCGACGAUCACCGCGAACUUGAACGGGUAGACAAGCAAGUCCCCUGUCUCAGCUCCUUUGGUAGAGCCAAGAGGCGCGCUCGUGACCCUAGAGGCGGUCUCACCAAUGGGGUUAGGGUUUCAGACCAGCUCGGCGAGCAGAAGCCACUGGAGUCUCAGGACUCUCCUCCUCCUCCUUGCACCGACUUCGAUGUCGCCUAUUUUCAUUCCUAUGCUCACGUUGGUAUUCACGAAGAGAUGAUCAAGGACCGGGCAAGGACGGAGACUUAUAGGGAAGCUAUAAUGCAGCAUCAGAACUUCAUCCAAGGGAAGGUUGUGGUGGACGUUGGCUGUGGAACAGGCAUCCUUUCAAUCUUCUGUGCUCAAGCGGGUGCUAAACGAGUAUAUGCUGUAGAUGCAAGUGAUAUUGCAGUCCAGGCAAUGGAAGUUGUAAAAGCCAACGGAUUAUCUGACAAGGUCAUUGUUUUGCAUGGAAGAGUGGAGGAUGUUGAAAUCGACGAGGAGGUUGAUGUUAUAAUUUCAGAGUGGAUGGGUUACAUGCUCUUGUAUGAGAGCAUGCUGGGAAGUGUUAUUACAGCUAGAGAUCGCUGGUUGAAGCCUGGAGGUUUAAUUCUUCCAUCACAUGCAACUUUGUACAUGGCACCGAUUUCACACCCUGACAGAUACAGUCACAGCAUUGAUUUUUGGCGCAACGUUUAUGGGAUUGAUAUGUCUGCAAUGAUGCAAUUAGCUAAACAGUGUGCAUUUGAAGAACCUAGCGUGGAGUCCAUAUCAGGCGAGACAGUUCUAACGUGGCCCGAAGUGGUUAAACAUAUAGACUGUCAAACAAUAAAAAUCCAAGAGCUAGACUCAGUUACUGCAAGAUAUAAAUUCAAGUCAAUGAUGAGAGCUCCUAUGCAUGGUUUUGCAUUUUGGUUUGACGUUGAGUUCAGCGAGCCUGCCAAGAAUACUAGUGCAACAGGCGUUGCUAAUGGUUCUUCUUCAUCAAAAAGUCCUUCUAGAGAAGGAAAUCAGAAGAAGCGGAGUAAUCCGAGUGAUGCACUCGUGCUGUCCACUUCUCCUGAGGCUCCUCCAACCCAUUGGCAGCAAACGAUUGUAUAUUUCUAUGAUCCGAUAGACGUAGAGCAAGACCAAGUCAUUGAAGGUUCCGUUACUCUUUCUCAAAGUAAAGAGAACCGGAGGUUCAUGAACAUCCACCUCGAAUAUACCUCGGCCGGCCGUUCCUUUGUAAAGGAGUCGGUAAUGCGUUAAGAAGGCGAGAGAUUCUCUGACGACAUCUCCUUUACCUUAGAAGGGUCUGUAAGAUUUAGUCUCUUCUACUAAAGCAAUCAGUAGUCCAGAAUCCAGACUUGAAGACUUUAACAACAAAAGUUAUUUUUGUCUGCGAAACCAUAUAUGUUCUUGUGAGAGAGUAUUAAGAGGUGUAGAACAGAAGGAAGCAAUUAUAGGACAUUGUUCUUGAAGCCAUUUAGCUUCUUUACUAGUAACUCAACAUAGCAUAUAUGACAUUGUUGAUCAUGCA